GGUCGACCUUCCCCGCACUGUCGCCCCUCACUGGCUGACGAGAAGACAGCACGCAACGAGCCAGGCAGCCCGGCGACACACAUCCAUCCACCCCAGCCAGCCCACCAUCCACCAACAACUCUCGCUCUCGCUCGCUCGCACUCUCCUUCAUCUCCUCUGAUCCUCUGGGUCUCCUUCAUAAACUCUCUCUUUCUCUCUCCUCUCUUUCCUCUCCUCCCUCCGCCUAUUCUCACUCCCCACACCAUGACAAAGACCGCUCUCUUCAUCGUCGACGUCCAGGGCGACUUCCUGCCCCCCGACGGCUCCCUCAUGGUCCCCGCCGGCCUCCUCGUCAAGCCCGCCAUCAUCUCCCUCCUCACCGACCCAAAGUACAAGUGGGACUAUGUCGUUGCCUCCCAGGACUACCACCCCCCCGGCCACAUCUCUUUCGCCUCGAGCCAUCCCGGCCACAGAGUCUACUCGGACAUUGAGCUCAAGGACGGCCGCGGGAUCCUGUACGAGCAGAAGCUCUGGCCCGACCACUGCGUCCAGGGCACCAAGGGGUGUGAGAUUGCGCCCGACCUCGCUGCCAAGAUUGCCGAGCGCGGUGACACUGCCAAGCUCGUCCGCAAGGGCUGGCACAAGGACGUCGAGGCGUACAGCGCGUUCGACGGCUACCUGACCGACUUCAGCAACCCGGCCGACCCGCCCAGUGAGAUCGACCCGCAGCCGGCGCGCAAGAUCGUCCAGUGGCUGCGCGACCAGGGGGUGACCAAGGUCGUCGUUGCGGGCCUCGCCGCAGAACUCUGUGUUGCGCACACCGCACUCUCGGCUGUCGCGUCCCGCUUCCAAACCGCGAUCCUGCAGCCCGCGACGCGCGCGAUCGAGGAGCGCGACGCCGAGGAGCAGUGGGACAAGCUUUGUGCCGUCGGCGCACGCAUCAUCGGGCGCGCUAACCGCCCCCGCACCCUGCGGUGGGAGGACGAGCUCGACCAGUGGCUCGCCGCCGAAAAGGCCGGCGCCUGGCCCGAGUGGAAGAACAAGAACAACGGCACCGCCUGAGUUCUACCCCUGGGGUUGUACUAGUACGCGCGAUGCAGAACCUGCGAGCUU